AUGAGCAGUAGCUCGCGAUCGAACCCUAUUCGUGGGGAAUUUGUUGUUGGUGGAAAGUAUAAAUUAUUGCAAAAAAUUGGCAGUGGAUCUUUUGGUGAAAUUUAUAAAGCAGUCAAUAUUACGAAUGGCGAGGAGGUAGCCGUCAAAUUGGAAUCUAUUCGUGCACGCCAUCCACAAUUGUUAUACGAAGCUAAGCUGUAUAAAGUUUUUCAAAGUGGAGUUGGUAUUCCCCGUUUAAGGUGGUAUGGCCAAGAAAAAGAUUUUAACGUUUUGGUCAUCGAUUUAUUGGGUCCUAGUUUGGAAGAUUUAUUCAAUUACUGUCAAAGAAAGUUUACGAUGAAAACCGUAUUGAUGUUAGCAGAUCAGAUGAUUGGACGAAUUGAAUUUAUCCAUAACAAAAACUUUAUCCAUCGUGACAUUAAGCCGGACAAUUUUCUUAUGGGCUGCGGACGUAAUGCGAACAAGCUAUAUAUUAUCGAUUACGGCUUGGCUAAAAAAUAUCGCGAUAGUCGAUCACGGGCUCACAUCCAAUAUCGCGAAGACAAAAAUCUUACUGGAACCGCUCGUUAUGCAAGCAUAAAUGCCCAUUUGGGUAUUGAGCAAUCGCGUCGUGAUGAUAUGGAAUCGUUGGGCUACGUUUUAAUGUACUUCAAUCGAUCUAGUUUACCGUGGCAAGGAUUGAAAGCUGCUACUAAAAGGCAAAAGUAUGAAAAAAUCAGCGAGAAAAAAAUGUCAACGCCUAUCGAAGUUUUAUGCAAAGGAUAUCCAACAGAAUUUGCAAUGUAUCUUAAUUACUGUCGUGGCCUAAGAUUCGAGGAACCACCGGACUAUAUGUACCUGCGUCAGUUAUUUCGAAUCCUGUUUAAAACACUCAAUCAUCAAUAUGAUUUUGUCUUCGACUGGACAAUACUGAAGCAAAAACAACAACAAGAAAUGCAACCACAUAGGAAAUCUAAACUGACAAGAGAAAGGAAGAAGAAAAUCGAAAAAUAA